AUGCCGCCAUCUAAGUGGGACGAAGAAGAGGAAGAGAGUGUUUCUCCUCCCCCCGUUGCUGCCCGCCGUCGAUUCGAUGACGAGGAAGAAGACGAUGUUCUCGACUCCUGGGACGCCGCCGAAGACAGCGAAGUAGAGCGUGAGAAGGCCGCCAAAGCCGCCAAGGCCAAAGCCGAAGCGGAUGCCGAGGCCGCUGCCAACAAGAAGAGCAAGGCGCAGCGGAUAGCAGAACACAAGCAGACGCGCCAGAAGGCCACCGAGGAGGACGACGACUCGGACAGUGACGAGGAUGAGGCCGAUAAGCGUGCUCGUCUGCGCGCAACCGAAAAGGACUCUGACCUCAAGCACGCUGAGGAUCUCUUUGGGGACAUUGAUCUAAACCGCAACCGGGGCAAGAACAAGACGGUUGUUGUGAAUGAUGCUUCGGGUGAUCCCACACAGGCGGUGGAUUUGUCUGCCAUGUCGCUGUUCAAGCCAACGACCAAGGAUCAGUUUGCUAAGGUGACGAGUACGAUUGCACCGCUUUUGGCACUGCAAAGCAAGAAGCCACAGUAUGCGCUUUGGUUGCCGGAGUUCACGAAGGCAUUAGCGAAGGAGCUGCCUAGUGGAGACAUCAAGAAGAUUGCUAGCACUUUGACGACAUUGAGCAAUGAGAAGAUGAAGGAGGAGCGAACUGCUGACAAAGGAAGCAAGAAGACCAAGGCUGCGAAGACGAAGGUGUCGUUGGUUGCGCAGAGAGAGAACAGGAUUGAGACGUCUUCUUAUGAUGAUGAUGGGUUGGAUGACGAUGACUUUAUGUGA